UCCAAGAAAUCAAGUGCAUAUAUUCUUAUUGAGACGAAAAAUCUUGUCCAAUAAUUGUGCUUUUGUGUACAAAAACAUAAGAGAAUUGUGCAAUUACUAUUUUUUAAAUCAAAUAAAUUUAUAUACUUCAAAUAUUAAUGCUCUUGUACGUUUGAAAAUUGAAACAAAAAAAAGAAGUUAAUCAAUCAAUUGUGUUUCCGUUGCAAAUAGAGAUACUGUUCAAUAGUUAAAAAAAAAAAAAGGAAAAAAAAAGUAAAAAAAAGAAUAUAUAAUUUGCAACGAAUUGAUUUCAUAAAGCAAAGUGUGAAAACGCGAUAAUAUAUAUGUACAUGGAUACAAAUUAGCAAAGGAAAUAGAAGGAGGUAAAAACUGAGCAGUCUAUUUUAAAGUGAUCUCAAGAAAAAUAAAAAAAAAAGGAAAAAAGAAAAUCAAAGACAAAAGGAUCUCGCAAUCCCAAACCAAAUAUAGCUUUUGUUUGAACAUCCAACUUGUUGUGAGAUUGCUUUCAACAUUCAUGCUGUGUAUUGAGAACAUUGCGAGUUUGCUGGUAACGAAACAAAGUUAACAAAUUGAUUAACUGCUGGUGCCUUCGGAAAGAUGGAUGCAAAGAAAAGCAAAAAAUUCGAUGUUCGCCUAAUUAGAUCCAAGUGGGUAAUGUCUAUGAAUUCCGCUUUAAAGGAAUUGGGAGCUGAACAUCAACAAAGUUCUUCAGUAUCUUCGGACACUGAGGAAGAUUCAGUACCAACGGAAAAAAUUAGUGUACAAUUGAAAAGUAAUUUCCCAACGCGUAAUAAUAAGGCUUUCGAUUGGCAAGCCAUGAAGGCGGCAUUACUGAAAGAAGCCCAAAUUGCUUUAGAAGCGGUCGACGGAAAAGAAAAUGAAGAUAGACCAAACAGCGAAAGUGGAUUAUCUUGCGCCGCUGCUGCCAAAAGCAAACCAUCUUUAUGUAAUAAACGGAACAUUGAAAAGGAUAAAGUUGACUUAUGUCAAAAAAUGUCUGAUGAUAUUGAUAUUUCCGCAUAUGGCUAUGAUAUAAUUGAAGCUUUAGGCACUAAGGAUGCGCAAGUAACUGUUGGGGCAACCGGCCUAUCACCUACUAGUAGUGCAUCCAGCGAUACUUCUUUAGAUUCGGAGAAAUUGAGUUUACGUUUUGCAAACCUUUUUGGCAAAUCGUCAAUUUCCGUCAUAGAUGAUUGUAAUCCAAUUGUUGCCCUAUCCAAAAUUCUGGCUAUAAAAGACUUCGAUCCACUAGCUCCUCAACUGUUGUUGCAAUUGGUUAUUAAAGAUAUUAUAUCCCUAUCUGAGUUAAGUCGCCGCGAAGAUAAUGUUAUAAAUGUAGAAAUUGAUAAGCAACGUAUAAGAGCGUUUGCUGCGCUCAGUGAAGAGGAUAAAAAGAAUUGUCAUCUAAGUCCUUUUUUGGAUGUAUCGAAUAUUAUUGUGACGCACCCCGCCAACGAGUUUUUCACAUUUUGUUCGUGCAAAAGUUGUGAAGAGUAUCGUGAAUUGGUCUUCCGUAUAAUGGCAGAUCAUUUUAGAGCUGCUCAUAUGGUAGUAAUGUUACUUGAUGUCUUAAUAAAGGCUUACGGACCUAUGCUCAAAAACAUUACCGCCUACAAUAAAUUUGAAAAAUUAUUUAAUAGUAAUAAGAAAAUUUAUUGGAUUACAACUGGCUUUUAUUAUCGGGAAAUGGCUGAACAUAUGGACUUUAUACAUGAUGAAUAUUUAUCGGAUAAUAUGGUUUUUGUUUUAUUUAGUUCAAUUUUAAUGGUUAAUAAUCCUUUGUUGCUACUAAAAAUAUUAGCAUUUCAUGUAGAGUGCAUAGUUAAAGCAUAUGCUGAGGGUUUUCUCGAAAUUGUUGACCCCGAUCAGAAUAAAAUACCAGCGGAAGAAAUGCUUACGUAUAUCCUGAAUGGCUAUGACGAAAUAAUGCGCAUAUCGGAAAAGGUAGCAACUUGCUUAUUUGCUUUCGAAAACGCCUUUCUACGUAAAUUUACUUUAACGUGGAAAUUGUUGUGUCAGCGUCUUUAUCAGCAACAUGUUUAUUUGAAUUUAACCGACACUAUGUUAGCUUGCAUAAUAACGCUUAAAGACGAAGAAUUGACAUCACGUCAUGCUGCUCUCAUUAAACGUUAUAUACAUUUUGAUGAUACUAUGAAUUAUGUGGAUAAACGUUGGACUGAUGUGUGGAUUGAAUUGAACAAAUUCAAUUUAACCGAUUUGGAACGUGAACGACGCAAAAAUUCUAUGGAUGUCUUUCAAAUAUUUGACACCGUUAUGCAGGAUUCAAUUGCGUUCGCUCUUCAGGACAGUGCCGGUGAAAGCGAUUUUUAUAAUUUUGCUUCCUUAAAGAAUCGUCGCCUUGUUUGGCACAGAAUUAUGACGUAUGCUAAAACAAAAUGGCCAAAAGGUUUCUUUGAGCCACCGAACACGUUAGUUGUUGAAGAUAAGUGCAAAAAAUGCAAUCUUUUGCUGGAAUAUCAUUCUGAAGGUUGCAAAUGUAUAACAUGCUCAAUAGCUGGUGGACCUUUACCUCCCAGAAAAGAUGCUGAUGGCUUUUGCCAUAAAUGUUCGGCACAAAAUGUUCUUGGAGAAAAAGAGGUGAAUUUCUACGAAUCGAAAAUUUUGAACAUUUGCACCAACGAUGAUUUUCUAUCCUCCGUUAAGACCAAUAAUAUUGAAAGUAAACCGAAAAAUACUGCCUUUAGCGAAGUUACUCGAGAAGUUGAUGCCAUUCCUUGUGACGACAAAACACCUUCUGAUAACAAGAUUGAUGUAUGUCAGCCCUCAUCAUUAACGCCCUCUUUUAAUACUUAUCAUAUCGCAUGGGCUGUCUUUAGCCAUUUAAAUAAUCGCAAACGUUAUCCUUAUGAGAUUGUAGAGGAAGCCAAAUUUUGCAUUAAUUGCAAAUUAGCGCAAUGCCAGCUAGCUCGGAAAAUAUUAAACAAUGAAAUAUCAUUGGAUUUAUCUCGAGAACUUAUACGCUUUUAUCAACCAUUGUCGAUGACCCGCGAAGAACUACGUUCAAUUUUGCCGAAUAUAAUGUUUUAUAAUCGGAAAAUGAUUGCCUCAAAUAAUCGAUUUGAUGUCAUGGAUGUUCAUGAUUAUGUAGUGAAAAUCUACUGGAUUUAUGUGAUUUCCAUAUAUGCCAGCUAUUUCCCUUGCUUGGAUAAUAUUAAGAAAAUACCGCUUAAUUUACAGUGCUUAGAGCUAUAUAAUAAUGACAUACGAGUUAAUGUCGAGAGCUUAAAGGGAAAUAAGGACGAUACGAAGUUUAUCGAAUUUCUGAAUAAAAUCAAAAGUUUAUCGCCUUAUGACAAUGACAUUGAAUCAAAAAUAAACGGUUCGUGCGUGGAAGCAGCAGACAGCGCAGAAAUGGAUAAAAAACUAAACGAUAUUUUAAACACAAAUGAGUUAAAUGAAAAUUUACCGCCUGCUGGAAAUGCCAGCACCUCUGUGAUCACACCCACUACUGAAAUCCAACCAUCACAUGCGUCUAACGUGUCGGAUAGUGUGGAUUGUCAACCGAAAAAAAUGUGUAAAGAAAAAUUUAAAAAAUGUUGUUUUGAUCACAAUGACUUAGGUGACCAUUGCAAAGAGAAUCAUGCUAACAAAAAACGCCUAAGGAAGGAUUGUAACCACGCGCGAAUGAACGAAACUCGGGAUAGAUUGCGUAAAAAAUUAUCUCAAAUAGUGAAUGAUCGUAAGAAUAAUAAAUGUAAUAUAACAACAUCCACCUUACCGGUAGAAUCACAAGUUCAACCGCAUGGGACAAUCAACCCAAGCAAUGUAAAACAGCCGCAGCCACAGGCACCGCCAACUUUAAAAUUAAGUCAUCCCUUGAUUACCAAUACACCGAUCACAAAUUGCGAUCAACUGAAAAAAUUAGAAACUGACUGCAAUAAAGGAAACAACAGUUUGGAAUGCUUAAACAGUUUAUGCAAACGCUUAAAUCAUUUGCAUACAAAAUCAAGUAAAGAAACUAGCAAAAAUCAGCAACAAUCAACCCAACAACCUUAUUUAGAAAAUUCACAAAAGAAAAUAUUGUUAAGCAAUUUCACUACACAAGAAAUUUCGGCUUCACAGCAACACCAAUUGAUGAUUAAUGGGUGUUCAAAAACUAAUCCAAAGAUGAUCUCACAAGCGUCAACCGCCCAGGUAAAGAGCCCCAAUAACUUAGACUUUGUGAGUGAAAUUUGCGAACUGAUCGAUAAUUACUCUAAAGAACCUGUAAACGAACAAAAAUGGAUAAAAGAAACGCUAAGCUUUAUUGAGGGUUCUGCAAAUAAAACGGGCAGUAGCAAGAAAUCGCAACCGCAAACAACAAAUCCUAAGAAGGCGGCAAAAAAGGCCAAACAGAAACAACGAAAAGAAGAAGAAAAACGUAUUGCCGAAUUGCAGGACUUACGUGGUCAGUUUUAUAAUAUCUACUUUAAGGAAUUUAGCGAAAAACAUUAUUUGAAAAUAUUGAAAGGAAGUAAAAAACGCGAUAAAAAGAAAAUCAGUGAACUGGAAACGAAUAUUAAAAAUUUGCAACGCGCCAAAGCCAAGGUUGAAACUGCCAUAUUGGAGCUUAUAGCCACUGUUAAACAAACAAAUACGGAAUUUAAAUUUUCCUAUUUACCCACUAAAGAGCAGCAAAUGGAAAAAGUGAAGGAGCUAGAAAGUCAAUGCGAAACUAAAACAAAGACGAAAUUUUUGACAACCGAUGGUGAACGCGAGCGAGAGGUUAAAGCCACAACUUCUACUUCCAUUGCAUCGAUCAAUAAUAUGAAUGUAGUUCCUGAAGGAUACGCAAUGCCCUAUGCUCAUGCCAAUCAUUUUCCCUAUAAUUUGGAUUAUCCCGGAACAAGCAUACCAACCUCGAGUCCUUACGAUUUAAUGAGAGGUGCACCUAUGUGUUAUGCACCUCCGCAUAAUCAACAAUUAACUCCGGAUGUGGUAGCUGCUAUGACUGCAAAUACUUCCUGCAAUAAUAAUACAGAUCCCUCAAAGCGUAUAGUGACAAUUCGACGCGUCAAUUUGCCAAAUGUUCCUGAACCGCAGGUCACUGUCACGGCGAAAGGUAGUUCGCCAGAUAAAGACAAGCUGCUGUACACGUUCAUAAAUGGUCAACUAGUGCAAACUGGAAAUACUUCUUUGCCAUUAACACCGAUUCCCACCGUGGCAGUACCUACCGUACAAGCAGUGCAUCAAAAUCAAGUUUCUGAACAAUUACAUACUGUACCGCCUCCAGCAUCAAAUUUAUCAAAAACCCAAUUGAAAAAAGAGCGACGUCGUCUUGCAAAACUAGUGGCUGACGCUGAAAGUACAGCUCAAGUACAAACUCAUCGUCUUCAAGACGAUAAACGCUAUAAAGGACAAGAAGGUGUACAAUUUCAGCAACAGCAACAGCAACCGCAACAGUCGAAAGGACGCAUUAGAGCAAAUGUAAAUAACUCAACGUCAACCACUUCGAUUUCCACGAAUGAAACCAACGAAAUAUCAAAUAAUCGUACGAUGCUUAAGCAUAUAUCUACUCUAAGACGUUCAAAUUCAAGUACUACUUCCUGCUCAGCGGCUACAACCUCAUCUUCGUCGGCGAAUUCAAUUAGUAGUCAAAUGAAUACGCGGGAAAAUUCCGUCAGCAGUUUAAAGCCUUCAAACACAACCAAUAUGAAACGGAUCAAAAUUAACGAGGGCAUGGAAAAAUCCAACGAACAAAAGCCAGCGGAUAAUUCGAAUUCAACCGGCAGGAUGACGGCUAAAAAUAGCCGAAAAAGCAAACAAAAGAAGAUAAGCGAAAGCAAAAAGAUACAAAAUAAACCACCGCCAACAUCAUCAGAGUCCGAGGAAGCGGAAGAGGAGCAAAAUAAAGUAUCAUUGCAGACAGUAUCCACUGCGAAAUUACCUAGGCAAAGGGUUCUACAAUCCAAGCAAAUUGCGGAUAAGCCACCAAAAUUAAAUUCACAACAAAAGCAAAACAAAUCGAAACCCACCGUGCCACUACCAACAUCCUCUGCAUCAGAAUCAGAUAAGACGCGAUUGAAUGCCGCGUUGAAACUAAGCAAGGAAAUCAAUCUACGUCGUCCAAAAUUGGUAGAUAAUGGCCAGUUUGAUAAUAAUCCAUUCAAAACAUUGCAUUUACAUGAUUCUGAUUCAGAAAUGGAAUCAUCUGCACGUUCAACUUCUAACGCGAGUGAAGAAGCGCAAACGAAUCGGCAUUUGCUUCAACAAAAGACGCAAAUAAAUCGUCAACUGGCAAAGACCGAUAACAAGGUCAAACAAAAUGUUGAUGUAAAGAAAACUAUCGCUAAAAAGGUGACUGUAGAAAAGACACAAAAGAAACGGGAUGCUAUUGUCCGGAGACCCAUUAAAGAAAGCUCGGAGCAAGCGGUUGCCAAUAGAUCAAAUACGCAGUGUCAAAAACUACCCAAUAGUAAAGCGGGCAAAAAUGAUACCAUACGUAAUCAACUUUCAGACGACAGGCAUUUACUGCCCGAUGCCAAAGUUAAACAUCUACCGGGACAAAUUAGCAAUCGUAAAAACAAAAAUGAUAAUCGCUUAUUGACUGGAGAGACUACCGCUGGCUGUCAGAGUAAACGUAACGUGGUCGUCAACAACACCAGCAAUACGCACUCCGCAGUAAAUAAUCAAAGCAAAAACGAUAAUCGCGUUACAGUUCGAAAUUGCGAAACGAAAUGUGCAACGCAUGAAACUCAGCAACGCACGCCGUCUGCAGUAGAAACUAAAAAUUCGUCGAAACGUAGUUUACGCAGUAAGAAAAGUACGCAAAAACAACAAAAACUUUGUUUAUCUCUUCAUAAGGAUUGCUGCUCAGGUAUUCCCGACAACAUGGGCUAUUUCAAUUCGAAUGAAGUAAAUGCGGCGAAAUCAACAUAUCCAACGACAAAUGCGGCGACUGGUGCUAUCAAUACUGUUUCACCCAAUUUUGAUAAUUCAGACGAGUUUGGUCCUGUUAAUGCUUCUAUAACAGUACCUAACGGACGGCAACGAUUUUCGACUAAUGUUAGUAUAAUGGAUCAAUUGAAUCGAGGAGUACAAGUGGAAAAUCUUUCGUUACCACCAGGCAUCACGUUAACUAAAGUUGAUCCGAUUAAAAGCGAACAAUUGCGUCAAAAAUCCGAAUCCAUAAAAAAAUUGGCAAAGCCUUUGCAAACACAGGCUGCCAUCCCUACCGCAACGCAUGCAUUCCAUCAUCCAGGAGCCACCAUUAUAGCACCACCUGUAACACCAAUGUCUUCAUAUUAUAGCGCACCCUAUGCUAGCGUGGCAUCGACAGCAGCUAUUGAUCCUCAAAGUGGUAUAAUUAUGGUUGAAGCCAAGUCAAAUCCAACGUGUAAACUGCAAUUUAAAAAUCCCUCGUGUAGUAGUGCUAAGCAAUCAAAAAACAAGAAACGGCGUAAUAAAUCAAAGCCUAAUAAAAACGGCUGUGAUGGAUCUACACAGGCGACGGCCGAUUCUACUACAGGCAGCAAUAACGGUCAAACUAAAAUCAUUACCCUGCGUAAUCCCAUGUUUCACGGAGGACCGGUGGCUGCAGCAGCCAACAUUUUGAAUCAACCAGGCAUAUUGCCAGGUCGUUCCGCGGAAAAUUAUACAUUGCCCAACCCGUUGCCGCUUGAUCAACCAGCUGCUAUUAUUAAAAACGACAAUGGUAUGUACACCAUACGUAAUCCAGCGUUACAUCAUGCGGUUACAAAUGGAUUAGCUUUGGGUGGAUAUCGUCAAUUUGGUAAUGUCAACUAUUAUACGCCGCAGGAGGCGGCUGCGGAAGCUGCCAAAGCCACUCAAAAACAGAAGCGACAGCAACAAGGUGAUAUCAUUCAACCGGCAUCGGGUAGUUCAACUGCUUUUUCCUAUUUUUCAAACGAUUCGUUGCAAAACAACGCAUCGGGCGCUCAUAAUAAUAUUAGCAUUAGUUGCACUAGCAUUAGCGAAAGUAUUACUAGUAAUAGCAGCGGUAGUAGAUUAUCCGGUGACGCGGCUGUAAUUGCGAGACCCACGUCCGCUCAGAAAUGUAUUUCGGCGAUUGGUAGUGAAAUUAAGAAUGCUCAGCAGCAAAAACGAAAAUCAAAGGAACAAACAUGGACUCUACCAUCGCUUCUUAGCAACGAUAACUUAAAUUCUAAUACGUCAUUUACGAUGGGAGUGGGGCGAAAGAGUGUUUCGCAAGCCGCAGCCGAUUUAUCCUUGCAGGAAAAAUAUCAACAAUCUAAAUAUUAUAAUGGUUUCGAUGUUUUUGCGAGUCGAAGUGGAGGCGGUACUCAUAUGCACCAUAGUUGCGGUGACGAUUCGCCGCCACCAAUCACCGGUUACACGGGUUCUUAUUUGGAUGGCAUUCCCAAUACUGGUGUCAUACGUUACGAUGAUGCGUCUUUUUUAAAAAAUUUGAUACCCGGACAAAAUCUUAACAAUGAGGUUUCCAUUCAUAAUGUCGACGAUACAAGUUUCGGUCGAAAUGCCAGUUCGCCGUCAGCACACCGUGUAGAAAUUACACCUGUUUAUAGUACUCGACCAUCGUCUGCUCAACUUUACGAUUCACCUGGUCGUGGUGGUGACCUUCAACAAACUGUAUUUAGAACAACAACAAAUUUUCGUAAUCAUUUAAACGAUUUUAAUAAAGAUUCUGCAAUGUUUUCGAGUACGGAUUUGCAUUUGAAUCUAAGUGAAUUUGAGUCUACAAUAAGUUACGAAUACGAAUCGGCAACGUCUGCGGGAGCAGCAUCUCGGGAUGGCGAAGAUAAUCAUAAUUCCAUAUUGGAUUUUAAUAAUUUGCUACCGAAAAAAGGACCAAACACUACACAUCGUGCAUCGCCAUAUCUUGACGAAUUUGUUCAAAAUAUGAACAAUUUACAAAUUUCUGCAUCUUCCGAUGAGCAAAUAUCUCAACUUAAUGGCAGCAAUUCGGCGAGAUCAAGAUCUAAUACCAAUGUCAAUGCUGCUAGUAAUUGGUGGUAAAAAUAAAAACUAUCUCCUACACAUAAGCGAAUUCAUAGGUUUGUGUGUUAAGUUAAUCAGAUAAUUAAAAAAUUUUAGAAAAUUAGAUAAGAUAUAUAUCUUGAUCACGAACGCAUUUGCAAUAAAUUUAUUGUAAAAAAACAUGAACAAUUCUAUUCUACAGCGGCCGUGACUAUUUAUAGAUGAUAAAUGAAAUCGCGCAUCAUUGAUCCCAUGAAAGACGGAAUACUUUUCAUUCAAAACAUUUUAUUAUAAAAGAAAACACAACAACAACAAA